AUGAGAAGGCGAAAUUCACAAAUGGAGGAGGUUGUAAAUCCUGAUUUGAUUGCCGGCACCCGUUUCCAGGUUGCCUUAUUGGCAGGAGGUGCCGCAGGCACAUCAGUAGAUGUUAUUUUAUUCCCAUUAGACACUAUCAAGACUCGGCUUCAGUCGGAGGCAGGUUUUUUCAAGUCUGGCGGAGUCAGGGGAAUCUACUCUGGUCUUUUGUCAGCAGCACUGGGAUCGGCUCCUGGUGCUGCCUUGUUUUUCACAGCGUACGAGUCUACAAAGAAACUGUUCAGCGGACAUUUCAGCAAACAGUUUGAAUCUGUUGGUCAUAUGACAGCUGCUUCUGUUGGGGAGGUAACUGCUUGUCUGGUCAGAGUUCCAGUGGAAGUGGUGAAACAACGAACGCAAGCAUUAAAUACGGGCUCGUCCCUGGCAUCAUUCCGGCUGACUCUACAGUCUGAAGGCCUGAGAGGCUUCUACAGAGGCUACACAAGCACUGUGAUGCGGGAAAUUCCAUUUUCCAUAAUUCAGUUUCCACUUUGGGAAUUCAUGAAAUCUACUUGGUCUGAGAAGUCCGGACAACCAAUCACGGCUUGGCAAUCAUCUGUAUGUGGUGCUAUUGCUGGUGGCACUUCUGCAGCCAUAACUACACCGCUUGAUGUCGUGAAAACAAGAAUUAUCCUGGCCAAGAAGGGCUCCAGCAUUGCCUCGGGGAGCAUACUUUAUGUGCUGAAGCAUGUAGCCCAGGAAAAAGGGAUAAGGGGCCUUUUUUCUGGCAUGGUGCCAAGGGUCAUUUGGAUCUCCAUUGGAGGUUCAGUGUUUCUGGGCGUGUAUGAGAAAGUUAAAAUUACUUUAUCUGAGGUUAUAUGA